CGUAAGCAAUAAGCAAUUACUUGACAGUCACGCAAAAAAGUAUACUUAUUAGUAUCAUGAAAUGAGGCUAAUCAGAAAAUAGUAAUGUUUAAUCGACAGGUGAUAUUUUCAAGCUUUUACAACCGUAAACGUAGAAGUCAUACACAUAAAGGACACAAAAUGAGGCAGAGAGAAAGAUAGUUUGACACUAAUUUCGGCAAGAUCUAAACAUGGCUUCGGGCGGCUCAUCAUUAGAUAGUACAGGGAGCAAUGGAACGCUGUCCAGAAGCUAUACAGUGUCCAAUAAUGACAGAAGUAACUCAUCUGGGGUUGCCUCUGUAAGAGACUAUGAUGGCCUUAAGCAACAAUGUGACAAAGCGAUGCAUGAACUCCAACUACUCAGGAGGCAACACAGUGAAACUAUACGAAGAUGUGAUCACACAAUGAAAGAACUUGAAUACUACAGGGGUCAACAUUUAGCAGCAAUGAAUCAGCUGGAAGCUGCUGCUCAAGAGUCUUCAACUCUAAGGCAUAAAUACAGUGAUCUGGCAGCAGAGAAACAACGUUUAGAUAGAGAAGUGCAGAACUUACAGAAGGAAGUAACGGAACUUCGAUGUCAGCAACAGGAGGUGAUAGUGAGUGAGGGUGGUACAAAUGAUAGCUUAAAUCAGCAGUAUUUCAAUGCACUGAGGAAGUACGAGGCUGUGAAGGAUGAGUAUGAUGCCUUGAGAAAGCGAUAUGAUGAUUUGCUCUCCUCCCAUUCUACUGCUGUGAGCAAGCUAGAACUGGCACAGGAAGAAGUUGGAAGGUUUAAAAAGCAGUAUGAAGAAGUUGUGCAAGAAAGAAAUGCUGCUGUUCGAGAAAGAAAUGGUCUAAAACAACAAUGUACAGCAGCAAUCCGUCAAUGGGAUAUGGCUCUCAGGGAGAGAAACGAAUAUCGAGAAGCUCUUGCUAAGGUUCAGCAACAACAUGAGGAGGCUGUGAAGGAAAUUAACCAAGCCAUGGCUGUUCGAAUGAAGGCAAGUAAAGACCUGAAAAGACUCACAGAAGAGCGGAAUGCUGCUAUGCAGGAGUAUUCUCUCAUCAUGAGUGAACGAGACACUGUUCAUAAAGAAAUGGAAAAACUGUCUGAAGACCUUACAGAAGCCUUUAAGAAGUACAAGACCCUUGAAGGAGAAAACAAGGAAUGUAUGGAAAAGAAAAAGGCCUUGUCAUACCAAGUUGAAACACUGAAAAGAGAAAUUGCAUCAGCCUUGCAUGACAGGGAUAGAGCACUGAAGGAAUGUAAUGAUCUCAGAGAAAAGUUUGGUGGGUAUACUGUAAAAGAUGAUUCAAACAGAGAAGGAUACAAAAGCAGGCUUGAAUAUCAUACAUAUAGUCGAGAAAGGGACAAUACUAGAAAGGACCAAGCAGAAGUGUCAACGAGCACAAGGGACAUGUAUGGGAAAUCCCAAAAAGAAAGAAUGGAUAACCUAGAUCAAGCAAAUAUAGAAAUUGAUAGACUGCGCAAGCAGAUCGAUAAACUGCAAGCUGAACUUCAAGAGGCUACUCAAGAGGCUGAAGUGUCAAAACGGCGUCGGGACUGGGCCUUCAGUGAAAGGGAUAAGAUAGUAUUGGAAAGAGAGAGCAUAAGGACACUCUGUGACCGACUGAGAAAGGAGAGGGAUAGAGCAGUCUCUGAUCUGGCAGAGGCAUUGAGGGACUCUGACGACAUUAAAAAGCAGAGGAAUGAGGCUUCCAAGGAGUUGAAAGACUUGAAAGAGAAAAUGGAAGCAGAACAGGAGAAGGAAACAAGAAUGCAACAGUUCCAUGCAAUGGGCCAUAAUCAUAGUCAUGAUUCUGCAAUUGAUGCUGACAUGCAAGAGUGGGAAACUGAGAUAUUGGACAUUGAUCUGAGUGGUUUGGCCUCUGAUGAUGAUCUUGGAUUUGAUCUCGUUGGUGGUAGAGAUGAUCCCCAGUACCCAAAUGACAGUGGAAUAUAUGUAUCAUCAAUCACAAAAGGCUCAGUGGCAGAUGGCAAGCUGAAAGUACAUGACUGUAUCAGCCGUGUUAAUAACUUGGACUGCAGCAAUGUAAGCAAGCGUAUGGUGGUUGAGACAGUACGCUCAAGUGGUGGCAUUGCGAGCAUGGUGGUGCGGCGAAGACGAAUUGGGGGCCGCUGUCUGUACACAACACAGUUGCAGUUGAAUAUGACAGACCAUGGCCUCACGUUGGAAACUGGUAUUUACAUAUGCAAAAUUACACCCGGCUCUGUAGCAGCAAAAGAGGGAAACUUAGCUGUUGGAGACAGAGUUCUCAGUAUUAAUAACAAGACAAUGGAUGGCUUUAAAAGUGCUCUUGAAGCGAUGGCCAUAUUGGAUGAGCCUACAGAUAUCAUCACCAUAACAACAUUGAAGGCCUUAUCAUCUGUGAAUUGUUCUCACUCAUGUGGUCACAUGCUGAGUAUUGAAGAAGAGAGAGGGUAUUUUGGUUCAUCUAAUUCAUCAUCCAGAGCAUUAAAGGAAUCCCCCAGUAACGCACAGAAGAUGGUAAAUCGCUGUUGCCAGACUGAGGGAGAAAAACUUUAUGUGACAAAUCCAUCUCAGGGUGAAGAUUUUGUGCCAGACAGGAGGUAUAUAAAUACUACUUUUGGGAUAGGAGAGAAAGCUGUGUACAAGGUGACUCCUUCUCCUGUGGAGAAAGGAGGAAAUUCUAGGGCUUGGGAUAUGGUACGAGAAACUAUUGACAUGGUCAGAGGCCGAAAACAUGCCAAAGACAGGAAUCACGACUUGCCUGAAGAGAAAAAGCAUCGCCAGAAUCAGUCCCCCAGUACGUUUGAGCGAGAGCAAGAUGAUGCACUGGCAGAACUGGAUUCUGUCAUUGAAAGUUACCACGGAAAGCCAGUGACAUUAAAACGUAGCAGGCGACGUGCGGGUAAAGAGGCUGAACGUAAUGGAGGAACUUGGCCAAAAGCUCGAAAUGGCCCCAUUAUUGAGCAUACCACAGGCACUAUUCUCCAUCCUCGAAGACAUAAAGAAAGGUUACCUCUCGCUGCACUGUUGAAUGAUCCACCAAAAUACUGUUGUCCACCAGCAGACACCUCCCAUGAAAGGACAGCCUCUUGCACUGCUGGUUCUUCCAAUUACAAAGCAAAUUCUCCUGACAAUGCAAAUAUUCACUACAGUAAAUCAAGUCAGCUGCUUUCAGGUCAGAAAUCAUUUACUCCUGCUCCAUUUAAGGAGCUACUCUGUGAGAAAAAUGAUAGGAUUAGGGGACCAUCAGAUGCUAGCAUUGAUUUGUCUGUGAAAUCUGGGAAUGUGGGGAAAGAGGUGAUGGAAUAUUAUGUGAAGAAGAAAAAGUAUCCACCAAGUGACAGUGAAGAUUCCCACAGCCGUAUACAUUCCCAGUUGUAUGGUGCUGUUAGGUCAUAUCCGUUUAACCCGUAUCCAGUUGCACAUCAUCAUCCACAUCCCCAUACAGAAUCAACUGCCAACAGAUACCCAUCUCCAACAUUGCUUCCUUCAUCACAGAGUGGUGAAUCUAUUGGAAUGACAGAUAUGAGAUCAUAUUGCUUUGAACCUUCAUAUGCUCCACCAUCACAGGGUUUUCAUCACACUCACUCUCCAUCUGUAGAUCUUCCUUAUAAACCACGACCAGUAUUGCCAGCUCAUUCACAUCCAGGAUAUAGAGGAAAUGAUGACAUGAACAUUGGCUAUUCGUGCUGUGAGGGUGGAACAUUCCCACGAAAAAAAGAAAAUCAGAGAAUACGAAUCCCAUCAAACCCCAGUGUGACAAGCAAAAGCAGUGCAGGAAAAGUAUCAACUGGCAGCAUUGAAAGAGCUUCAGACAGAGGCAGUCCCAUGCCGACAUUUCUGGUAGAAGUCCUGAGUCCUGGUCAUAGAGAAAACAAGAGAAAUUCUUUGCCUGACUAUUGUUAUUCACGGAAACCUGCACCUGGAGAAUUGAGAAGAGUGCACAUAGAUAAAUCAGCUGAACCGUUAGGAAUUCAGAUUUCCUGUUUAGAAAGUGGUGGUGUGUUUGUAUCUACUGUGAGUGAGCAUAGCCUGGCUUCGCAAGUUGGUUUGCAGGUUGGAGACCAGUUGCUUGAGGUGUGUGGCAUAAAUAUGCGGAGUGCCACAUACCAGUUAGCAGCUAGUGUUCUUCGGCAGUGUGGAAACUCUAUUACUAUGCUGGUGCAGUACAGUCCAGACAAGUACCACGAGCUAGAGGGAUCGGUAAGUUCUAGUAGUGAUGAGAGUCCAUCCCAUUCUGGCUCGCCUACACCAUGCAAUUCUCCUGACACAACCCGUAAGCCUACACCAUUGCAGUUGGGGGAAUUGCCACCAUCUGCAAUCUGUAAUCUCCGUAGUGGUACGACACCAUCAGGUCAUGGGACCCUAACCAGAAGCAAAAUUGCCCAAGCUGUUUCAUCUCUCACACGUCAGAAUGCUACCACCAGAAGCCCAGAUGAUGCAAAUAAGAUUCCGGUUCGUGAACCUCGGUAUCUUUUUCUUGAAACAAGAAAAAGCAGUCACUUGGGUGUGAGUUUGGUGGGUGGAAAUGCUGUUGGCAUCUUUGUUCAUGGUGUGCAGCCAGAUUCUGUGGCCCAUAAUGCUGGUUUACGGACUGGUGACCAAAUUUUAGAAUAUAAUGGCACUGACCUUCAGCAUGCAACAGCAGAGGAAGCUGCAUAUGAACUGGCCAAACCAGCUGAUAAGGUCACCAUCCUUGCUCAAUACAACAUUGACAGAUACAAUGAAAUAAGAGACAAACCUGGUGACAGCUUUUAUAUACGAGCCAUGUUUGAUCGGAUGGGAGACAUGGGAGAUCAACAUCAGUUGCAGUUCCACAAAGACGAUGUGCUUUAUGUUGAUAAUACAAUGUUCAAUGGUGUUCCUGGCCAUUGGCGAGCUUGGUUUGUUGGUGAAGAUGGCCACAUGCAGCAGUGUGGCAUUAUUCCCAGUAAAUACAAAGUAGAUGAAGAAUUACUUCUUCGACGCAGUGUUGGUGACUUGGAGGGUGAUGCCAGACGUGGUACAACAUCUGCUCGGCGGAGUUUUUUCCGCCGUAAAAAGCAUCAGCGAAGCUCAUCUCGUGACUCUAAAGAGCUUGCUAGCUUCUCCAACAUUAAUUUGGGAUGGUAUAGUGACUCUGGAACUCUGAAUGAGGAAGUAGCUCUUUGUUCAUAUCAGCGGGUCGAGAGGCUAGAUUAUCCUGUGUUCAGACCAGUGCUGAUAAUGGGACCUCUUGCUGACUGCGUUAUGGAGAAGCUUAUUCAAGAUUUUCCAGAUAAAUUUACUCGUUGUAUUCCAGAAGUGAUGCAAUGUCCACAGUCAGUAAUGGAAAAAGGAAUAGCAGAAAAUUUAUUUGUGGACUACAGAAAGAAGGGCAGCUAUUUUGAAUGUACAUCUGUUAAUGCUGUGAAAGAAAUAUGUGAUAAGAAUACCCAUUGUAUUCUUGACAUAAGCUUGACUUCAGUGGAAAGACUUCAUCGCCACCAAAUAUACCCCAUUGUUCUAUUAAUAAAAUUCAAAUCAACAAAACAGAUUAAGGAGGUUAAAGAUACUAGGUAUCCAAUGGAAAAGGUUUCAGCAAAAGCAGCGAAGGAAAUGUAUGAACAUGCUUUGAAACUGGAAGUCGAGUAUCGACAUCUUAUCUCAGCUGUGAUUCCAGCUGGUGUGAAUGUGGCCUACAUGUGCACACAGAUCAAGGCAGCAGUGGAUCAAGAACAGAAUAAGACGCUGUGGGUUCCUUGUGGAACAUUGUAGAUCUGUGCUUGUCAGAUAUUGAGAACUGUUACUGAUGAUGUUCUCGGAAUUUUUAUCUAGAACAACAGUCAGAUUCUGACAUGAAAAUUGUGUUAGUAUUUAUUGUUUAAUAAUCAUAAAUAGGACUCAAUAACAUUGAGUCAUAUUAUAAAAACUGUUACCAGUUCUCUUUGAAUUCUCAUGGAUGUGUAGAUAUGAUUUUCUCGUAAAGGAUGUAGUAAUUUCAGAUAAAUGCUCUACAAUAAGAGUAAAUUAAGGGUAGAGAUAGAGGAGUAUUAACACAGUUUCAUGUCUGUCAUUUGUUUGUGUUGCCAUGAAGAUCUGUCUUCUGGUUGCUUUACAUUUAUGCAUUUUUGCCUAUCUGUGGGAUGUUAACCUGGUGGUGUCAAACUACCACAAAUGCUCUUCUAUAAUUUGCCCUGUCAUUAUUCUUGCUCUUUGUUUCCCUUUUAUUGCAUUAGUGUAUAUAAUUAGACAAAUUUCACAUCACGAACUGAAGAUGUGUGUCACAUUAAUGUUAUCAGUUAUUAUUAAUCCCAACAGCCUCCAAAUAAUCCACCUCCAUUAUUUUUGGUGAAGAAUACUCAUCUAGAUUUCAGUGACAGGGUAACAAAUGAAGAUUACUUUGAGACAGAUUGUGCCCAGUUGGACAUUUAGUUCAGUAAUCAACAUUUUUGGGCACUAAAUGUCUGUAGCUAUAUUAUUCAUGGAUAAUUGUUAUUGAUGUACCAUAUUCAGUAACAUUUAAUAUUGUCUGCAGUGUAUGAAGCUUUAAUGCAUCAUAAAUUUUUGGCUUUGAAUCAGUAACUGCAAUAAUUUAAUGCCUGUGUGGUCAAAAUUCUGUGAAAGAUGUCUAGAUCCAGAGGUUCUCCCAAAAAACAAUUCCAUUGCAAACUAACAUGACAACCAUGUCUCUUGUGUUCAUGUUCUGUUGGCUUGUAAAAAACCCAUUUCACCGUUAUUCGAUUUCCCAAAUCACCUCAUGCUGAUAUGGAAAUUUAUGCUUGUAAAGACUGCUAUGCUUCAGUGGCCCUAGACUGUUAUAUGUUCUGUUUGUUUAUUUUGUUGUGUGUGUUAAUGCAGUUGUUAGAUUAUGAGUACUGUGUGAUAUUACAUUAAUAACUCAGUUGUAAGUAGCAUAAAACAUAUGAUUUUUAUGUUUUAAUAUGAGAAUUCAGAGAGAACUUUCACUUUUAGUCAUUUUUUAUCUGUUGUAUGUAUAUAUUGUAGACACUGUGUGUGUGUGUGUGUGUGUGUGUGUGUGUGUGUGUGUGUGUGUGACGAAGCAACGUGUAAAUGCAAUACUCAUUCAAAAUCUAUUUGAAAUGUGUCGGUCAAAGAAUUGUUGUAACUGUUUUGUAAGAUUGUUCAGUCAAAAUCUGUUGCUGUAAUAAUUUGUCAAAGCAUUUUCUCUACGAGAAUAGUUUAUGGGAAAAAAGCUUACAAUGAUACAGAUUUACUGUUUAAUUUCUAUCAAGUGAUACUGAUAUUCAACUGAACUGUACCUGUUUUUGCAUAACCUGCUUACAAAGUUUUGUACCUCUUCAUUGUACUUCUCUGAGACUUUUUGAUGUAACAUGAGUCAGAGUUGUUUGAGUAAUUUGAAAUGAUUAACACACAGUAGUGGUAAUAGUAACUUUCAGAUCUGUCCAAGGACAGCAUAAACUAUGGCAUUUCUUUACAAAGUGCUGACUGCAUUAAUAUGAUUACAAUAAAUUUCGAUUCUCCUGCAGGGGAUUAAUGACAAUCUUCCGUUGAACUUUCUGUUGUCUUAUUACUCCUCCCUUAUACAAAUGGGUUUUCAAAUCCUUUUGUGAUUUAUAAUUUCCUCUUCACCUUUGACAAAAACAGGAGUGGUUCUGCUGUGCUUGGUUGCCACAGUGUUACAUUUAAAAAAAGCUGUAGUGGCAUUAUUUUGAUCCAUUUAUUGUUCAGAUUAGUAAAUAAUGGCAUGAGAUUCCAAGAAACCUAGAGAUUUCUAAACAUGAAGUACAUUCAGUCACUCAAGGACGGCACAUUGAUGGAAAGCCCUUGACCUCUCUGCCUUGAAAAUCCACUAGAACUUCAAAUUUUACUGAUCCUUCAUUGGUGAAAGAAUAAAACUAAAAUUCCUGAGCAAAUCUAAUCAAGUUUUAUUGUUACUGUGAGAACUAUGUGGUUUCCCACCUUCAAAAUAGUGAGUCUUAUUUCUGCUACUGUGAUCACAUAAAGGUUUUGCAUGACAUGUAUUUCAACUGGAGAACUAAAAAAUAAUCAUGAUUUCAUUGUAAGGUGGGAAUUGAAAGAACACCAUGGUGGCGAACACGCUACCACUGUGCACUAAGAAUAUUUCAGGAUCAGCCUACUAGAAUGCUUCAUUCAUUACAUUCGAGAUAAACAGUAGCGACCACUACCUCCUAAAAUUAAAUAUGCAUCCAGUCUCCUGAAAUGUACAAAGACACUAGAAUGGAAGAAAGAAAGUGUAAGAGAUAUCUUGAUCUAACUGUCCAUAAGGAUUAACUAUGAGUUUUUUUCAUUUCACGUUAUGAGAUGCAGGAGAUGAGUGACGCAUUGGAGUUACGUAAGAUACAUGGCAGCAUCCUGAAGAGGUCUCACAUGGUUAUCAUAGUGAAGAGUUAUUUGAACACAUGGUCAGCAGAAAACACUCAAGUCUUCCUGCAGUUAUGGAUUUGUUGUAGUUUUCUCAUUUCAAAGUACUUGGACAAUUUUGACUUGCACUGUGUUUCAUUUUGUUGGCUGUGCACUAGAGAAAUUUCAACGGUAUUUAUGAAUCAAGGAAAUUUUAGUUUGCAUUUUGUACAGUACUUGUUUACAUUGUUAAUAAUUUUUUGACUUGAACAGUAUUGUGUCUGCUGUGCUUCUUUCCCAUUAACAGACAGUAAAAAUUAAAUCCCAGUGCUCCGUAGUAAUUAGUAAACUUAUUGUUAUCAUGGUACUUGUUCCUUUCUUACAAGAAAAUUUUUUUAUGUCUCAGUAAUGACUGCUAGAAAAAUAUGAAUUAUCUGUUAAAUUGGAAAUGUGUCACAGAUGGAGAGUGUUAUUACUUAAGUAGUUAAUUGCAAAUAAGAUUGUACAGUUUUAAUUGGACUUUACAGUUUAAUUUGUGGCAAUGGUGGAUUUUUGUAUUUCAUUUAGACAUUGAAAUUUUUGUCUUGAUUAUUGUUUUGAAAUCGCUAACUUCAGUUAAAACUAAGUUGCAUAGAUUUAGGUUGUAUAUGCUGGUAAUACUGGUUCUGGACCAUAUGUCAUGCCUACGUAUUAGGUGAAAUGACAGAUGAUUAGUACAACACAGUGAACAAAACUGAUGGGUUGAUGAUAUAUUCAACUAUAGCUUGGUAUAUGUAAAUAAGAAAGAAAAGAAACAUUUGUAACUAUUUACUCAAGCUUCAUUUUUGAGAAAGAAUUUGAUACCAAGAACAUUAAAGGGGGUCUAUUAAUUCCAUUUGGCACUCUUUGUUCAUGAACCAAUACUUCAUCAAAAAGAUUAGCAUAGGAUAGACCAUGUCACAGCUAAAGAGUUCCAAUAACUGUGUGGUGUCAGUGGUUGUGUAGCAAUGGUCCAAUUCACCAGUGUGUGUUUGUCAUGGCAGUUUUGUUUGCCAUGAAGUUUUUGUUUUCAGGUGGUUAUAAAAUUGUUUUGCCUCUUUUAAAUUAAUUUCUUAUAGAGCCUUACAUGAGUUCUUUGUAACAAAUAUGCCAAAUCAGUUGACUAGUAUUUGUCACCAGAGUUCGUUGGUGUCUUUGAAUUACAGGCAGCAUAAAGAAUAAUGAAUUGUUUACUUACUGAGGAAUCAGUAGACAGGUGUUAUUUGCCAUUUUAGGAAUCUGCUACGUUUGCAAAUAUAUUUUGAAAGUGUAAACAAAUUUAUUGCUACAUAAGGUUCCCCUGACACUCUUGUAAAAAGAGUUUUUUUUGUAUGUUCUGGAUAGAUUUGGAUUAUCUUUCUCUGUGUAUGUGUUAAUUAUUGUUUAUUUAUUUAUUUAAUAAUCAGGGAAACGAGGUGCAGAAGAGAGGAUGAACUGGCCUAAAUUAUUUUUUUAAAAAAUAAUGUUUUUUAUAGUACAUUCUACAGAUAAACAGAUUGUACUAAUAUGCACCAGCAAGCACUUCCAUGAGACAUUUUUCCCUCCCUGUGAUCAUUUCAUAAAGUGAUGUUCUGUUGAGCAUCUUCCACAUUUAAUUUCAUUUUGUAUAACUUGCCAUGUGAUUGUAUUUGUUUCUUAUGUCAUAUAUAGUUUUCUGUGUAGUGGAUUUCACUGUCAUUUUUUCGGUUCACUUACCAUGUUCAAAACACUUUUCAUUCUCAUGUGAAAUAUACCAGCAGGGAGAUGUGGUCAUUAAAUCUGAUGCCUCAUUGACUGGCUGUCACCCAAAACAUAUCAGCAGUUUUGAUUUGGGCCAUAGAGUAUUUCAAAAUUCACUCCCUCUAGGAAUGAGUAUUUUGUAGCAAUAGUGGUUUAAAGUAAGACACUUGUUCACAAAACACUAGACAAAUAUGUGAUCACUAUCUGCAGUUGACAUUGUAGGUCAAUUUCAAAUUUUAUUUUUGUAGUCAGCUCUUGUAAUUAGAAAGGAACUUCAAUGUAAACUUUUUACAUUCGUAAGAGAAAUAUUGAAAGAUAGACGAAGUGCAAUAAGAAAAAUCUAUUUGUUUAAACUACACAGUCAUCUGAAGUUCCAAUUGGACCGUAAACUACUUGCAAACACGUUAAAAAAGAAGUAUUUAGUUUGCACUUUGGUAGACUUUCAUUGCUUCUCUGUGCACUUUUCUUUCUUUUUUCUUAAUGUGACAAAAUAAAAUGUUUGGUGGCUUUGUUUAUGUAUUCAUAACCAUUGAGUCAAAGAUGGGCAACUGUGAUUAGCAUUUUAGAAUUCAGUGGUCUUCAAGUACAACUUGAAUGACACUCUUCCAGUUUUUCAUUCCUCUUCAUAUCUGUUGAUAGGAUCUGAUUUUCUAUUAAAUUACUGUGGGAAAGAAGCCCUUCAUCAGUGGCAGCCACGUUUCUUAGUAUUAUUGUGCACUCGAGUCACGUAUUUUACAGGGUGCUCUCUCUUCCUAUAUUUUUAAAAGAAAUGCCGCAAUAUAAUGUUUAUAGAGAAUCACUUUUAACUUAUUUGUGUACGUAUUUGAUUAACAGAUGAAACUGUAUAUCUUUGUAAAUGUAAUGUGUGAAAUAUCUUUCCAACUUAAGGAAUAUGUUUUAAUAAUUUUUUAUGUGUACUUUGACUGAAAAUGUAUUUUUGUAAUGUAUUUAACCCUCUUGUGACUUUUAGAAAUCAGGGUACUGUCGAACGUGUUUUAUUAAUGUAAGAAAAUUAAGUGUAAAGGAAAAAUUAUGUAUAUUGGUGGAUAGAUCAUUUUAUGUUGGAAGUUAUAUUUACAGAGACUGAACAAGAAGCCAUAUUGGCUCAGAAUUUUAUUGUGGUGUUUUGUUGCACCUGUACAGUUAAUUGCCAAGCACAAAAUAGUCAUGUGGUGUAUGUUGGAUUUUCUUUCCCUCCUUUUUUUUAUAAGCAGUAGAUAAUUGUGAUGUGAAAAUAAUUUAAUUAAACACAGUGUUCAAUUGUUAAAGUUGUGGAAAAAAUGUAAAUUUUAAUUGAAAUGACCUUAAACAUGUCCCUUUUUCAGAAUAAAACAUUGUGC